AUGUACAACGGCGUGGAAGCUGCCGCCGUCAAGGGUACCGGGCUGAGCGGCUAUGUUCAGCGCAGCCGCGUGAACGUGUUGGCGACGGGCCGCGUGCCUGCCGAGGAGGGCACGGCGGCGAUGGAGGGCGGUGCGUCGAUCAACCCCCUCGAACAGCGCCGCGCACAGGGCGAGAACCGCGAGAUGGCGGCACGGCUUGAGUCUCAUCGCGCUUUGCGUGAUGUGCGACUGCGCGUCAUGCUCUACCGUGAGGAGCGCGAGGCGGCCGGGGUGGACCCCGCCACAAUCGACCGCGAGUGCGGCGAGCUCUACGACUCCUUGCUCGUUGCCGCCAAGCGUCGGCUGAAGGCGCAGCAGAAGGCUGAGAACACGAAGACAGCCGCUACGUUCGCCGCCGCGUUCGGCGUGAAGUCCACGUCAGCGGUGACCACCUCAGGCGGUAGUGCAGGCCGCGGCAGCGCAUUCGACCGCUCCGUGCAGGAGGUGGAGAAGCACAGGGCCGAGGAGGAGCGCCGCCGUCACCAGGAGGCGCAGCUCGUUGAGCACCUGAAGCGUAUGCGCCGCGAGGGCAGCGAUGCAGCGGCGCAGUAG